AUGCCUCGAUUCGCGCAGCUAGUGAUGGGUCCGGCCGGAAGUGGAAAGAGUACUUACUGUGCCACAAUGUUAGAGCAUUGCCAGGCCCUCAACCGAUCAGUACAGGUGGUGAAUCUGGAUCCAGCUGCAGAGCAUUUUGAGUAUCCUGUCAUGGCAGACAUUCGAGAAUUAAUCCAGGUAGAUGACGUUAUGGAGGAUGACUCUCUGAGAUUCGGCCCCAAUGGAGGACUCAUCUUCUGUAUGGAGUACUUCGCCAACAACUUCGACUGGCUGGAGGAGAGUCUUGGUCACGUGGAGGAUGACUACAUACUGUUUGAUUGCCCUGGUCAGAUCGAGCUGUACACGCAUCUGCCCGUGAUGAAGCAGCUUGUGGAGCAGCUGCAGCAGUGGGAGUUUCGUGUGUGUGGAGUCUUCCUGGUUGACUCACAGUUCAUGGUCGAGACCUUCAAGUUCAUCUCUGGAGUUAUGGCUGCUUUGAGUGCUAUGGUGACAUUAGAAAUCCCACAAGUCAACAUAAUGACCAAAAUGGAUCUGCUCAGUCCAAAGUCUAAGAAGGAAAUAGAGAAGUAUCUAGACCCAGAUAUGUACUCAAUGAUGGAGGACAACUCCGUAUCUUUGAGAAGCAAGAAAUUCAGGAAAUUAACAAAGGCCAUAUGUGGUUUGAUUGAUGAUUACAGUAUGGUUCGUUUCCUGCCCUUUGACCGCACUGAUGAGGAGGGCAUCAACAUUGUCCUGCAACACAUUGAUUUCUCCAUACAAUACGGUGAAGACCUGGAGUUCAAAAGAGCCCAAGGAAGUUGA